AUGGGUGCCCUCUCAAAUCUGAUCCCUCUAAUCAUCCUCCUCGUCGCCGUCAGCGGUUUCGCAUUCGUGGGAUACCAGAUGUACCUCUGGACCAACGAUCUGGCCAACAAGGGCAAACAAACCAUGGAAAAGAAAAACGUCAGUUUCACAAAGGAUGGCAUGAAAGUCGGUGUAAAGCAGAUGAGCGACGAGGAAUAUGCGGAUAGGACGCAGAGCGUGCUGGUUAACACGUGGAACCAGAGUUCUUUCCCGGCAUACAAAUCCAGGCUUUGGAACAAGGAAGAGCAGGCAAAGAACAAGGCUGCUUCGUCGGGAAGGGCAUAA